GACGGUUGCCAUGGAGAGGCCCGCUCGCUGGGGACCGCGAGCUGGCGCCAGGGGCGGCGGGGUCGGAGCGUGGCUUUGAAGCCGCUUCCGCUACCACCAUGAGCGGCCGAAGUCGGGGUAGAAAGUCUUCCCGCGCCAAAAGCCGGGGCAAAGGCCGCGGCAAGGCCCGAGUCCGCGCUGCUCCUGCCGACGCCCCCCGCGACCCGGACCCGCCACAGUGCCAGAGGCUCGGGGAGGAAACCCAGGCGGCACAGGUGCAGGCUGGCGCGGGUUGGGGUGGCCUGGAAACCGCUGCGCCCGCGCCGUCCCGUCGGCCCGGGGAGGACGCUGCCUGCCGGCUCCCCCUGGACUGUGGCCUCGCGCUCCGGGCCCGAGCUGCGGGGGAUCGCGGGCAGGCCGCGACUAGGUCCGGCCCAGGGAAGGCCACAUCCCUCUCGGAGCGCCUAGCAACAGACACUGUCUUCGUGGGAACCGUGGGAAGCGUGGGAAGGCCUAAAAAUGGCCCCCGCGUUGGAAAUCGGCGUGGCCCUGCCGGGAAGAAGGCCCCAGAAACCUGUAGCACGGCGGGGAGGGGGCCGCAGGCCAUAGCCGGUGGGAAGCUGAAGAAGGGGGCCACAGGCGAGAAUGUCUCCGUCCCCGUGGUAGAGGAAAAGAAGGUGGAGAAGGAUGCAGGGUCAGGGCCCCUGGCGACAGAUGGCAGCAUGGAUACGCUGGAGACCGUCCAGCUGAAGCUGGAGACCAUGAACGCCCAGGCAGACAGGGCCUACCUUCGGCUCUCGCGGAAGUUUGGGCAGUUGCGACUGCAUCACUUAGAGCGCAGGAACCUCCUCAUCCAGAAUAUCCCGGGCUUCUGGGGACAAGCUUUUCAGAACCACCCCCAGCUAUCAUCCUUUCUGAACAACCAAGACAAAGAGGUUCUCAGCUACCUGAACAGCUUGGAAGUGGAAGAGCUUGGCCUUGCCAGACUGGGCUACAAAAUCAAGUUCUACUUUGGGCGCAACCCCUAUUUCCAAAAUAAGGUGCUCAUCAAGGAAUAUGGGUGUGGGCCUUCGGGUCAGGUGGUGUCUCGUUCUACUCCAAUCCAGUGGCUCCCAGGGCAUGAUCUCCAGUCCUUAAGCCAGGGGAACCCCGACAACAGCCGUAGCUUCUUUGGGUGGUUUUCAAACCACAGCUCCAUUGAGUCUGACAAGAUUGUGGAGAUAAUCAACGAAGAACUGUGGCCCAAUCCCCUGCAGUACUACCUUAUGAGUGAAGGGGCCCGUGCGGAGAAAGGAAAGGAAGGCAGGCAGGGUCCAGCAAGGCAGCCAGUGGAGACCCCAGAGCCUGGGGCAAACAAGUCCAACUGAUCCCGCACUGGCCUCCCUACUACCUCCCAUUGGACCUGUGCCUAGCUAACCACUCGUGUUUGGCUGUCUGCCUUCUCUUCAUAUUGGCCUCUGCACUGUAUUCCCUUUGGACUUCAGUUAUAAGAAUAUGGUAUCUAUGAUCAUGUUCUUUAGCCUCCUUGUGGCCUUCUUGCUUUUUCACAUUAGUGUUACAUGUUAAAUGAUCUCAAUCCUACUGUUUAUAUGUUCAGCGCACAUGCUUCAAGUGUGUGCUGCCUUUGUCUACAUUGCCUGGACCAUGAUCUUGGCUCUGGCCCUUCCUAGCUGUCUUUAAUAUGGACACUCGUGAGUCAUCCUCAAAGAGGACCAGUGCAUCCUCAAGCUCUGCUGCUUCAAGGCCAGUGACUUGCUGAGCUUUGUGUUCAUGCUGGCCCUGCGUGCCAUCUAGGGCCAGUUUUUUCUGUUGCCACUGCAUAAUGAAGCUAGCGCACAUGGUAUUGGCCAUCAGCCAAAACUAAUUGUUCCAAAGCUCUGGGGUCACCAGCCUAGUUGCCAUCACCUGCUGGAUCUCUGACUUUGGCCAGGCACCUCUGCUGCCCUGCUGGAUAUGCAGAAUAGCACUUGACUGCUAGGCAUGGAUGAGGUUAAGGGUGAGAAGCACUAUGCCACGUGUUCUAUACCAUCGUGUGUCUCUUCCUGCUUCUGGGCCCUUCUCCUGUUGAACAUUCAUCAAGGUCUAUACCGUGCCCCGUCACUGUCAGGCCACUGAGACUUGUCUGCGUUGCUAUUGGCCCCAGUUGACCUCCGGGUCAGCGAAGACCUCAAGAACUGCCUGUGGACCCAGGCCCCCUGCCAGUGCAUGAGACACACACCUUCCAGGAACCCUGCUGCCUACCAGACCGAUGGGCGGGUGUGUGGACGUGUGCUCACUGUCAUCGUUCCGUGGCUCCAGUUGGAAGCACCGUGUACGCACGCUGUCCCUGCCUCAGCUCCCCGGGCACCUCUUCUGACAAGAAGGCUCUACCAGUGCUUGGUGUUCCAUGUCUCAUCUCCUCCAUUACACGGGUGUGUCUCUUGCCUGCAGAUAAUCCAGACAGUGAUUGCUGAUGUGGGCACGUGAGGCUGGGAAGAGCAGGGCCCGCAGCUACUCCUGACAUACAAAGAGGGCUCCUUCAGGGGGCAGAGGUGUGGGGCCUUUCACCUGGGGCUGCUGGGAGCCACAUGAGACUGGCUAGUCCCUCAGAGAAUCCAGGGAUGGGAUUCUGGGAUUUCCUGGGAGCCACGUGACUUUCCAUGUACCUCAGAGAGGUUUGGGAGAUUUUACUCCUCUUUUCCUGGGCCAGGGGCCUGCCCUCAUUCCUCCUCUUGGUUCCCAUUCCAGGGCUUACAUGUCUGUAAAUCCCUCUUCUCUACACAGCGGUGUGUUCCUCUGUGGAUGAGUCACACGAGUCACCCCUUGUGAGUGUGGGUGGCAGAGGGACACACAGGCGGGUGAGUGUCUUCCAACACUGGAUGGUGUCUGUUAAUGGAUGCAUGUUGGACGGCCACACGGAUGAAGUCCCUGAGGCUCGGGGAGACGGCAGGAUUUACCUUAGGACAAAGAGCCCAACAGAAUUGGAAGGAACUUAUGACAACAUGGGGAAGAUUGUUCCCGUGAAAUGUUGCACAGAAACUUAUUACAAGGAUACCAGUUGGAGAAAGAGGUGAGCUCUAUUUGGUGAUGGUAGUGGGUUCUGUGUCCUUCCUUCUAGGCUGGGCUGUGGUGAGUAAGGAGGCCCGUGAGAGAACUAAGACAAUUUUAGAUGAAUUGCUCAAAAUAUGAGACUAAGAGAAAAGGAGGCAGGACAUAGAAGGGGCAGGAGCUAAUUAGGUUGUGGUAGGUGAGCGUCUAGAUAAUUUCACCCUGGAGUCCCAAGUAGCUGGGCCUGGGAGCCAAGCAGGGAAAACACUUCCUCCUUUAGCAAUUAGGCGGAAUGUGGGGGGGAUGCUUCUUAGCCUUGGGCCAGAGUGAGAAGCAGGAAGCAAGGAAGCUUUGCUCUGAGGAUGAGGGUUUGGGGUAGAGGAAGCAGAGACCACCCAGGAGGGCAGCCUUUCCUGUCCCUAGGUGGGAGACCCAGGAGACUGCAUAGAAUCUCUCAGACCUUCGAACACCUCUGUUUCCUUCAUCUGUGCUCCAGCUUCGCGCUGUACUGGAGCCAGCUGUGUGAGGACAGGCGUGGGAGGGUAGGUGAUGAAGUGACAGGGACGAUGCAGGGCCAGAGGGGAAAGCCCAGACCUCAGGACUGAGGUCUUCAGCAGAGAAAUCUCUUCUUCCUCAUGCUGGGGAGGUGGUUGCUAGGCAUGGACUGGAGACCCGAAUUACAGGAUGACCCCCGGAAGUCCUUUUAGCCCUCUGGGGGAUGUUCAGCCUGCUUCUGGGCUCAGGCAAGGUUUGGGCCCUGUUUUCCUGCCCUGCAGGAGGACCACUCUGAGGUCAUCCCUGCCCUCCAUCCCUGCCCCUACACACACUUCUAAAUCCUGGAGCACCCCAGGCUCUGGCCCAACCUAAAGAAACUAUUUGUUCUCUUGAGCUUUAUUCUGAUUCCAUAGCACAGAAGGAAAAAAAGUCCAAAACAAAAAGUAAAACCAUUUUAAACAACUGGUGGUU